CCCGAUGCAUAUCGUUUUCGUUUCUUUUUUCUUUGUUCAGCUCAAAAGUCGUCUGCUUGCAAACGCAAAGCAAUCCCAGGUUGAUUUCCUCUGACAACCUGCCCCUUGUUGCUUUCACAAGUUUAUUUCACCCAGACUGAGGUACGUACCAUGAACAUGAUUACAGAUACUUUGCUUCGCCAGGCCGGAAAGUGUAGUUUUCCGUGCUCCUCCACCUACUUUGUCAGGUGUUUUUUGUUUUUCCUUUUAUCCUCAGACAGAGUUAUUUCCGAGUACAGUUUACGUGUAACGGCCAACAACAAGAAUAGUGUGACUCAAGAGCAUUCUUCAGGUCGUCCGCUGGGUCGCGGGAAGGAAAAAGUAAUUUCGAGGCCGCGGCGUUCGUCUCUGCUUGCAUCCGGCAGCGGAGGACAAGACGGAAAAAAGGCGAAAAAUAUUAGAGAUGUCCUUCUACGCCCGUCCAUCAAGCCAGAACCUCCCACUCUCGCACCUCUGUCGCUUCUGGAGAGAAAGCGAACAAGCAAAACCAAGGAAGGGUGCGUCAGUGUGGAGGUGGACGAGGGGAAGAACGCAACUGCAGGCACUAACGGAUCUUCAGCCGAGCUUGCAACAACAUCGAGCAGCUCCUCCUCUUCUGCUGCUCCCGAGGGCGAGGACGAAACAAGUCAAGAUGUGGGUACAAGUGAAGAGAGCAGCACAUCAAGUUCUACAGAUGUAGUAACCUGUACGAGAAUUUCGGUCGGCGCCUCUGCGCAUGCUUCCGCUUCUUCACCGCCCGAAGUCUUUCAGGACGCCUUCAACGUGGUUUUUGUGCCCUACAACACCGCUGCAUAUGAAAAGGCAGGGACAUCCUGGAUAGAGUACAUCGAAACGUUGAAGGACGAGCUUGUGAAACUACCGCAGUUUCAGCAGGAAGCUAGCCACGUCAACUUGUUUCGCGUGGACGAAAUGAAAGAUGCUGUUCCGUUUGUAAGCGGAACGGACACGGGGGCGAUCGCGCAGAAAACGAACUGCUCGUACAACCCGGAGCACAUACCGACGUCCGGCGCUUGGACGAUUGAGGAGAAGCAGCAGAGCUACCAUGUCACCUGCAGCGACUGGAACGAGGUCUAUACCUUCGCCCGCGAUAGCGGCUGCCACGCGACCGGGCAGGCCCUCACCGUCGGGCUUGUGGUGCCGGUGGAGGAGAUGAAGGAACAAACGAACCUCUACGCAAUCGGCCUGUUCUACACGCACGUAUUCAACAACGCAACGAAAGUGGUGCGACAACAAUAUCUCUGCCCGCCCGAGUAUCAUGACGAAUGGAAUCCAAUGGAGUGUAAGGACAAGGCUGGGAACGACCAGUGGAUAACGCAAGAAAUCGAGUUCGACGCCUCCGACCGAGAUAUUGUGCGAGAUGAGAGCAAGUCCUGGAGCAUGUUUCUCCUGAAUAGCGACCCGGCCGGGAAGCUCCGAAGUCUCGCGGACCAGGCGGCGUUGGCCGCGCACGAAAUCGGCCACAGCACCUUCGAGCUUGAUCACGACGCCGAGGGGCAAACGGAGUUCCUCAUGACCCCUGCGGAGAACACCGCAGCAGGAAUGGAAUUCAGCGAGACAUCGAUUCUCAACAUGUGUUGCAUGUUCCACCGGGAGUUCUCUGUCGACGGCGUAAGGAAAGUACUUCCCGAUUAUUGCGCUGGGAAGGAAACCGAGAUGAAUGUACGCUGUGUUGCUUCCAAAAAAGCCCACUGGGAGGGAAUCUGGGAAGACUUUGUGCUGUGAUCAGA